UCUGCUCUUGUGCCUUAGACACAGCAGUCUGUAGAGGGCUGUGGUCAGAGGAGCUCUUCUCUGUCUUCUCUCUGCCUGUGUCCAGAACCAAUCUGCUGUCAUGAGCAGCUACUCCCCCCCUGCAUCCGAGGAAAAUGACAGCAAGAGGUUCAAAAGGGACAGAAGGAGAGCUGAGGGCCCAUCGAGAGUGAUCCACAUCCACAGGCUGCCAAGCAGUGUCACGGAAAAAGAAGUUCUCCGUCUGGCGCUGCCAUUCGGGAAGGUGUCCAACCUACUGUUUCUAAAGGGGAAGAACCAGGCCUUCGUGGAGAUGAGCACGGAGGAUGCCGCCCACACCAUGGUCAGGUACUACACCUGGGUGACUCCUGUGCUGCAUGGGCAGCCUGUCCACAUCCAGUUCUCCCGCUACAAAGAGCUCCAGGUGAGCAGAUCCUGCAGCCAGGCAGGUGCCUCCAGCCAGGUGGGUGACCCCAGCCAGGCAGGUGGCUCUAGCCAGGUGGGUGACCCCAGCCAGGUGGGUGCCCAGCCAGGCCUGCCGACUUCUGAGACCUCAGACUGUGCGGGAAAGGUGGCCUCGGCCACCCCUGCCGCUGCUGUGGACACAGAGACCGUGGUGGCCAGGCAGAGCCCUGUGCUCAGGAUCCUUGUGGAGAACUACUUCUAUCGCGUGACCUUGGAAGUGCUGCACCAGCUCUUCUCCAGGUUUGGCACGGUACUGAAGAUCAUCAUGUACACUAAGAACAGCCGGUUCCAGGUGCUGUUACAGUAUGCCCACCCUCUGAGUGCCCAGUGUGCCAAGCUGUUCUUGGAUGGGCAGAACAUCUACGAUGCCUGCUGCACACUGCGCAUUGCCUUCUCCGGGCUCACUGACCUCACGGUCAAGUACAACAAUGACAAGAGCCGUGACUACACGCGCCCAGACCUGCCCUCGGGUGAGAGCCAGCCCUUGCCAGCCCAGAACACAACCACGGCCUUCGGUGCACCUGUCGUGAUCUCAGCUUCUCCACAUGCAAGCCCUGGAGUACCUCACACCUUUGCAAUCCCUCAAGUCGCAAGCCUCUCCAUGCCAGAGGCGUGUAGGGCCCUGGGCCCCCUGGUCGUACCAGAAGUGGCUGUGGCAUUGGCCGCAGCUGGAGCAGAGAGCCCAGUCGUCGCCUCAGGCUCCCCAGGUGUGGCGAACGCCGUCCUUCUGGUUGCCAACCUCAACCCCGAGAAAGUCACACCCCAAAGCCUCUUCAUUCUGUUUGGUGCCUAUGGCAAUGUGCAGCGGGUGAAGAUCUUGUUCAACAGAAAGGAGAACGCGCUAGUGCAGAUGGCGGACGGGAGCCAGGCUGAGCUGGCCUUGAAGCACCUGAAUGGGCAUAAGCUGCAUGGCAAGUCUCUAUGCAUCAUGCCAUCGAAGCACCAGAGCGUGAAGCUGCCCCGGGAGGGCAAGGAGGACCAGAGCCUCACCAAGGACUAUGUCAACUCCCCACUGCACCGCUUUAGGAAGCCCGGAUCCAAGAACUUCCAGAACAUCUUUCCGCCCUCUGCCACCCUGCACCUCUCCAACCUCCCCACCUCGGUCUUGGAGGAAGACCUCAAGAAACUCUUCUCCAGCAGCGGGGGUUCUGUCAAGGCUUUCAAGUUCUUCCCAAAGGACCGCAAGAUGGCGCUGAUCCGGAUGGGUUCUGUAGAGGAGGCCAUUCAGGCCCUGAUCGACCUGCAUGGCCACACCCUAGACCAGAACCAACACCUGCGAGUCUCCUUCUCCAGGAUCACCAUCUAGAGGACCCAGCUGGGCUCACUGCUGACAGCUUCCACCACUAGACAAAAGGACACUUUAAAAGACACUGGACUGACCUUGAUAGAGCAGAGACUGGCUGUUGUCUUAGAGAGAGAGAGAGAGAGAGAGAGAGAGAGAGAGAGAGAGAGAGAGAGAGAGAGAGA